AUGGCAGUCGCGGCGCUGGACGCUGCUGCCGCCCUGGCGCCGCUGGUUCGAGCGGCAGCCGAAGGCGCGGCAGCGGGGGGCGCUGCGAGGCACGGCAUCGCGGCCGCCGUGGCCGCCGCGGCGCGCGUCGGUGCUGAGCUGAUCGGGGGCUGGGCUGCAGAUGGAGCUGGCGAUGAGGAGGACGCCGAGCUCGCCCUGCGGCUUCGGGCCAUCAGGCCAGCCCUGGCGCGCCUGAUCCGCGGCGAGAGGGCUUCGGGCGCCGGGCGGGCGAUUCGGAACCUCGGGGCCCACGACUUCCUCGGUGAAGGCGCCGACGUCCUCGAGGCCGCGCUCGAGCGGCCGCAGGCCAGCCAGCGCCGUGGGCGGUCUGGCGCCCUCGUCCCAACGGAUCUGGGGGCUCUCAGCCGUCCUCCCCCUGAGGCGGGAUGGCGACCCAGCCUGGAGGCGAGGCGCCGCAGCAUGGCGCCGCCCACAAACGAGUGCGGCUACAACGGCGAUGCGAAGAACGACGAUGACGGGCACCAACAGCACGCGGACGAGCAGCAGCACGUGCACAACCAGUACGAGAUCAAGUACGGCGGCGGCGACGACGAGCUCGAGGGCUACGACAGCGAUCGCGGGCCCGAUGAGGUCAGGUUCGAGUCCAAGCCCAAGCUCGGCGAGUGCGCUGGCGACGGAGCGCAGGGCGAUGAUUCCAGGCACGUCGACGUCGACACCCUCGGCGACGCCUGCACGGGCGAGGACGGUCCCAGCUCGGGCGAGGUGCAGGCGCCCCUCGGCACCCAGCACGACGUGCCGAGCGAUGCGCAGGACGAGGGUGAGUACGAGACGCUCGAGGAGCUCGGGCGGGGCGGCGACCCGAAGGCACCCGGCGCCCGCCCGCCGACCGCGGCGGUGACGGGGGUGGAGUGCGAGAGGGACUCGGCCGAUGAUGAUGAGGCUGCAGACGAUGAGCCUCUUGGCAGCGACCCGUCGGGGUACGCUGUUAGGCGCGGCGGGCGCAUGCAGCCAGCUGCUGCGCAGCAGGGCCUCCAGGAGAAGGUCGGGAUCGACUCCGCGGGCCCCGCGAGGGAGGUGCACUUCGAGGUCCAGGACGACGAAGCUGCAUCGGAGCCCGCUCUCGCCGCGACGCCGAUGCGCGUGGGCGCCCGGGCGGUCUGCGAGCAGCAGUCCGACGUCGACCAGCAGCGCGACUCCAAGCAAACCGAGGAGCAGCGGCAGUUCCCUUCGGAGCAGGCGGAGCUCGUGGCGCUGCGGGCCAGAUGCAACGGGCUGCUU